CAAUCACACACCCAAUUCCAAGAAACAAAUCUUUCAUUUUUCCCCACAUUGCAGUCCUAAAGCUUCAAAUUUUUGAAUCAUUAGCUUCUGAAGUUGUGAUUUUUCUUUGUAUAAUUCACAAAGCAAGGUCUCGAGUUGAGAAGAUGGGUGGAUCAGGAAAUUGGAUUAGAUCACUAAUAUCUCAUAGAAAACCAGUAGAUGAUCAGCACGAUAAAUUAAGCGAGAAGAGCAGCAAGAAGAAAUGGAAGCUCUGGAGGCUUUCAUCGGAGAGCUUUACAUCUUCUUCUUUCAAGAGCCGAGCAAGCUAUGGAGCUUCUUCCUUAGGCUCAGAGCCUCCGUCUUUCUCUGCCGACGAGGCUUUCACUACUGCCAUGGCAGCUCUCAUUCGAGCUCCUCCAAAGGAUUUCUUGGUUGUUAAGCGAGAAUGGGCUUCAACUAGAAUUCAAGCUGCUUUUCGUGCUUUCCUGGCAAGACAGGCGUUUAGAGCUCUGAAGGCUGUAGUGAGAAUUCAGGCAAUAUUUCGUGGCAGACAAGUUAGGAAACAAGCAGCUGUUACACUCAGGUGUAUGCAAGCUCUUGUUCGUGUUCAGUCUCGUGUAAGAGCUCAUCGUAGAGCGCCUUCUGAUUCAGUUGAGCUCAAAGAUCCUGUAAAGCAGACCGAGAAGGGUUGGUGUGGUAGCCCCAAAAGUAUAAAGGAAGUGAAAACGAAGUUACAGAUGAAGCAAGAAGGAGCUAUCAAGAGGGAGAGAGCUAUGGUUUAUGCUCUCACACAUCAGUCGAAAACGUGUCCAAGUCCAAGCGGAAGAGUGCGCAAGAGUCCUGGUUGGAACUGGUAUGAAGAUGUAGGGACAUUUUCAAGGAAAAGUAGUGAGAGCAGUGUAGUAUCUGAAUAUGAGACUGUAAAAGUCAGAAAGAACAAUCUUACUUCAACUAGAGUUCUAGCUAGACCUCCUCUUCUUCUUCCUCCAGUUUCUUCAGGCAUGAGCUAUGAUUCUUUAUAUGAUGAGACAUCAACGUCGUCAACAUCUCAAUCACCAGUUACAUUCUCUGGCAGUGUUCUUGAUGGUGGUGGAUACUAUCGAAAGCCAAGCUAUAUGAGCCUGACACAAUCCACUCAAGCCAAGCAGAGACAAUCAGGAUUAUCUAGCAAUGGAGAUGCAAGACGCAGUGCUGGUUCAGACCAGUGUACUGAUCUAUACCCACCAGGGAUAGUAACUGGAAGACAUGUCUGGGCCAAGAGCCAGCGAAGCUAAAAGAGUGAGCAAUGAUGAUUCCUAUUUAGUCAUUUUCAACAGCCUGUUGGUUUUCUAUGUCUUGCUUCGGGUAAGGUUCAUGUGAGACUUAUACACGAACUAUAAAUACAGAAACGGCUUCUGUGUACCAUUUACAUAUAAGAAUAUUGAUGAGAAGUUAUUUGAGCUUGUAUUUUGGCUACUUAGGCCACUUCUGAAUAACUUCGAUUCUGAGUCAUUUUGUUC